CACUAGCACGCAGAGGCGGCCGCUUUGGCAGGCUCCUGCGCGCGGACAGUAAGCGUUUGAGGCACGCCACCGCUGCAGGGACUUUCUCUCUACACCCUCAACACGACAACUAACACGUAUUGCUGCGGCCGCAAGCGUAAGCGGCUCAAAACCCACCGCUCUCCGGUAGCACAGCGAUGCCAGUCUUCGUAGCAUACAUCAAGGCGGACCUCGAGAACGUCGGCAGCGCGUCCGUCGACGUCGCGAGCGCCACGCUCACGAUCGACGUGAAGCAGGGCCAGAGCGACGAGACGCGCGAGUCGGUCACGAUCUGUAGAGAGGACGAGGUGCCGCUCGACGGCAGCCGCGGCAUCGCCAACUUAGUACUAAGUGACUGGAAGGCGAGCUGUUCCGUGCUGACCGCGGACGAAUUCACGACGCGGUUCAAGAAGAAGAAGCAGGCGCUGGCCGAGACGCCGCGCCCCGUGACGGACGAGGACUCGGGGAGCUGGGUACCGCUCGUCGCCUUCGAAGCGCGAGGUUUAGAUGUGGUGCGGUGGCGGCUGCGCGAGGGCGACGUCAGCGUGCGGUCGACGGCAGGCUACCCCUUCGAGGACGUCGACCUGUCGGACGGUGACUGGGCCGACUACGACGUCGAGGCCGACGCGCCCGUGGCUCUGUCGGAUAUCGAGACGAAGGUCGAGCUCGUGCGAUGAUAGGCAGGCGAGUAGGACUAUUUAGGAACUUGCGAACGAACCGACCCCAGUCAGUCCCCGCGCGAG